AUGCCCGAACGCGCCCCCAAGUCUCCACACCAAAGGGGGGACCCUCCCAAGCAUGACAAGCAAACUGUUUUCAUGGCAAUCAUCCCCGAAAGCCUGCGGCUGAACUCCGGACCCCGAGGAGCGCACUCGGGGGAUCGGGGCCGCCCGCUCCGGGAGAUAGCGUCCCAGCGGCGCUCCAGUGCGAUCGGAUGCCUGGAGGGAAGCCGGUCCCGAAGGAGGCCCCGGGACCUCAGCAUGUGGGAUGCAGAAGCGCUCCGCGCCCGGGCGCCGGCUCGCGGGGGGCGGGGAGCUGCUGCGAGACGGCGAAGGGCGCUGCGCUGUGGCGAAGCAGAAGCCAAAGCGGAGGCAGAUGGCGCAAAGCCCGGCCGCCGGCCUCCCGCCUCCCCGCCCCCCCCACGCCGAGACCCGGCCCGCCCCGGCUCCCCACCCAGACCCGACCCGCUCCCGAACCCACCUGCCGAGGCCGCCGCCGCCCGGCUCCCGGGUCUCGGCGCGCACCCCGGACCGCGGCAGGAGCGCGGCCGCCCGGCACCGCCCUCGCGGCCCAGCGGAAGUGGCCGGGUCGCGGCUGCGGGCGGGCGGGCGGGGUAG